AUGGAGACUGUGCUGCUGGAGCACUUCCCCGGGGGGCUGGACUCCUUCUCCUCGCCCCCCUACUUCGACGAGGAGGACUUUUUCUCCGAGCCGCCUCCGAGGGAUCUGCUGGCCGCGGACGUGCUGCUGGAGCCGGACGUGGAUUUCCUCAGCCGGCAGCUGCAGGAGUACUACCGCGACGGCGGCGACCCCGAGGGCGGCUACCGCUGCCCGGCGCCGGCCGCCGCCUUCCCGCCGUCUCCCGCCUCGCCAGGCUUCGCCUACGAAUGCUGCGGGGCGGCGGGCGCGGCGCUGCUGUCCCCCGGGGGGCGGCUCCAGGCGCUGGGCUCGGCCAAGCGGCGGCGGCGGGUGCGCUCCGAGGCGGAGCUGCAGCAGCUCCGUCAGGCCGCCAACGUGCGGGAGCGGCGGCGGAUGCAGUCCAUCAACGACGCCUUCGAGGGGCUGCGCUCGCACAUCCCCACUCUGCCCUACGAGAAGCGCCUCUCCAAGGUGGACACGCUGCGCCUGGCCAUCGGCUACAUCAACUUCCUCAGCGAACUCGUGCAGUCAGACCUGCCGCUGCGCAGCGCCAGCAGCGAGAGCCCCAGCCAGCCCAAGAAAAUAAUCAUCUGCCACCGCGGCACACGAUCUCCCUCCCCGAGCGACCCCGACUACGGACUCCCCCCUCUGGCCGGUCACUCGCUGUCGUGGACUGAUGAAAAGCAGCUCAAGGAACAAAACAUCAUCCGGACAGCCAAAGUGUGGACCCCCGAGGACCCGCGGAAGGUGAACAACAAACCCUCCGUCAACGACAUAGAGAACGAGCCCCCCUUCGACUACGAGGCGUGA